AGGAACAUCGAGCCGGUGCUGAGCGACGACGUUAAACACCAGCGGUCUCGGCACGCUCACACGUGCGAAGAGAGCCGGGGUGGGAGCUCCAGUUCUUCCCCCGUGACCUCCAGCGGUGGGACGCCCUCUCCUCUCAACCCCCUGCUCUCUCCGUCGUGCUCACCUCCUACGCUUCACUUGUCGGCGAGCAACAUCGGCGUGUCGUGCCCCGAGACCUACCUACACAACCUCAACGUGCCGCUUUACUACAAGAUUUGCCCUACGAGCUUCCUGAGACAACAGGCUCUCCUCUUUCCGAGCCACGAGAAACUGGGAGGCACCAGCCCGCAGCUUCUACCCCACUUCAUGGUGGACGUGCCGAAACUAUCUUCCCUCAGUGUCGCCAAUCUGAAAACCGCUAAAGCCGAAGACUUGAACGGGCAAUGUCUACAAGUACCCAGUUCUGCCAGUCCAAUGCUGUAUGGAUUACCUGCAUCUGGAAACAUUUUCCCAUCAAGUCCCAUUGCUCGGGAAGCACUUAAUUGUUCUUUACAUCCUCCAUAUGGCUGGUAUGGUUAUAACUUCUCCGUGCCAUCUCGACUGAUGAAUGCAGCAAGCCAUUUCAAAGUGAGUGACAGCAUUCCGGCUUCCUUGAGGGAUGGCAGAUGUAAUCACUCUAACUGGCACCCGACAAUUAACCAUUGCCUUUAG